AUGGCUGAUACUAGAUAUUUAUUAGUAUUAAAAUUAAUGGCUCCUGCUCUUGCAAAAUUUUUACCUUAUAUGGGCCAAGAACCACCUAAUAAUUACUUGAAUAAAAAUACAAAUACAGGAGAUUUUGACAAUGCGGUCAAGUGUAAUAUUUUAAAAUCUAUGAUGGGUAGAAAAUAUGUUUCAAUACCAGCAAAUAAUAAUCUUGUAGUAGGAAAUCUAGCUAUAAAUUCUCUAGAUACAUUAUAG